CGCUGAACCAUAGCUGUGACUAGAGAGACAGAACAGAACAGAACCGGACAGGAACCAGACCCAGAGGAACUAAAAGUUAGUAACCUAAUUAGCUCCACAUCUCAGGAUGACAGCAGCCCGUGGUCCUCAGUCCUCCUAUAAGAAGUAUUUUGGCGGGGAAAGGAACAUGAGCCACCCUUCCUACUCCUCCAGCCGCCAGCUGUACUCCAACCCGGUGGCGGUGCGCUCCUCUCGGGUCUCUUUCGGUCUGUCCUCCGCCGCCCCGGGGGUCUACGCAACCAGGACCCAGCGGCUCCGCAGCAGCGCCCCGAUGCCCCGGCUGUCCUCCGAGACCCUGAACUUCUCUCUGUCCGACGCCGUGAACUCCGAGUUCAAGACUAACCGGACCAACGAGAAGGCUCAGAUGCAGUCGCUCAACGACCGCUUCGCGAGCUAUAUCGAGAAGGUCCGGUUCCUCGAGCAGCAGAAUAAGAUCCUGCAGGCAGAGCUCGAGCAGCUACGAGGGAAGGGCACGUCCCGAUCCCGCAUCGGGGACCUGUACGAGGACGAGAUGCGCGAGCUGCGGCGACAGGUGGACCAGCUGACGAACGAGAAGGCGCGAGUGGAGGUGCACCGAGACAAUCUGUCUGAUGAUGUAGACCGGCUCAGAGAGAAACUGCAGGAAGAGAUGAUGCAGCGUGAGGAAUCGGAGAGCACCAUGCAGAGCUUCAGAGGGGAUGUGGACAACGCAGCUCUGUCUCGUCUGGACCUGGAGAGGAAGGUGGAAUCGCUUCAGGAGGAGAUCAACUUCAUGAAGAAACUACACGAUGAGGAGCUGUUGGAGCUGCAGUCUCAGGUGCAGGUGUCGCAGCAGGUGCAGAUGGACAUUGAUGUGGUGAAGCCAGACCUGACUGGCGCUCUCAGGGACGUCCGCUCUCAGUACGAGAACCUGGCCUCCAAGAACAUGCAGGAGUCAGACGAUUGGUACAAGUCUAAGUUUGCUGACCUGACUGACUCUGCAGCCCGUAACAACGAGUCUCUACGGAUUGCUAAGCAAGAGGUUAAUGACUACAGACGCCAGGUGCAGGCACUCACCUGUGAGAUCGAUGCCCUGAAGGGAAGCAAUGAGUCUAUGGAGCGCCAGAUGAGGGAGAUGGAGGAGAACUUCAGUAUGGAGUCGUCUGGUUACCAGGACAACAUCAGUGGUAUGGAGGAGGACAUUAGGACCAUGAAGGACGAGAUGGCCAGACACCUCAGAGAAUACCAGGAUCUCCUCAAUGUCAAGAUGGCACUGGACAUAGAGAUAGCUACCUACAGGAAACUACUGGAGGGAGAAGAGAGCAGAAUCACCUCUCCGUUGCCAAACUUCUCCUCCCUAAACCUGAGAGAAACCAUGAUGGAUUCCAGACCCACGGUUGAAACCACGAUGUCCAAAAAGGUUCUGAUCAAGACGAUCGAGACCAGAGAUGGACAGGUGAUCAAUGAGUCCAUGAAUCAUGAUGACCCCAUUGAUGUCUUCAACUAGGAACAGGAAACCAGCCUUCUACAACACAGAAAAACAUAGAUGAUAUUUUUAUCUAGAUUCUAUUUCUAUAACCCACAGCCAUAAACAAUAUAUCUGUUUGUUAUAUAUCUGGAUUAUGUUUCUGGACCUACCUACCCACAGCAAACACCCAGACAGGACUACCUACCCACAGCAAACACCCAGCCAGGGCUACCUACCCACAGCAAACACCCAGCCAGGGCUACCUACCCACAGCAAACACCCAGACAGGGCUACCUACCCACAGAAAACACCCAGACAGGACUACCUACCCACAGCAAACACCCAGACAGGACUACCUACCCACAGCAAACACCCAGACAGGACUACCUACCCACAGCAAACACCCAGCCAGGGCUACCUACCCACAGCAAACACCCAGCCAGGGCUACCUACCCACAGCAAACACCCAGACAGGGCUACCUACCCACAGAAAACACCCAGACAGGACUACCUACCCACAGCAAACACCCAGACAGGACUACCUACCCACAGAAAACACCCAGACAGGACUACCUACCCACAGCAAACACCCAGACAGGACCACCUACCCACAGAAAACACCCAGCCAAGCCUGCUUCAAGUGUCUUGUUACUGUGUGAGCCUGCUAGAAUGUUCCACCUGUUGUGGGAAUACAGAGACUCUAGAGUAGGCAGAAACAUUACAUUCGUCGUCACAGUAAUAUUUUGUAAACUCUGAAAAAAAAACAGUCAAUGUUACCAGAUACAAUAUUAUUAUUUGUCUGAAUGAACCAGCUUGCCUGUCCUUCACGGCCUGUUAUGCAUCUGUCAGUCUAGCGGAAGAGCAACACAUUAAACGCUGUCUUCAUCUAAAAAAAAAAAUAAAAAAAACUGGUAGAAAGACA